AUGGAGGGAGUGUUCCCUACUACCCACCAGACAUCUGCUCUCUCCUUGCAGAUCUCUGGCUCCUACACCACCACCACCACCACCACCACCACCACUGCUGCCAUCACAGCGCCUCCCCCUGGGCUGCAGAAUGGGGGAGAAAAGUUGGAGAAGGUGCCCCUCUCCUUUGGAGAAGACAUCCGCCCUGAAAUGAAAGAUGACAUCCAUGACCCCAGCUACCAGGAUGAGGAGGGCCCCCCGCCCAAGCUUGAGUAUGUCUGGAGAAACAUCAUCCUUAUGGGUCUGCUGCACGUGGGAGCCCUGUAUGGGCUCACACUGGUUCCCACCUGCAAGUUCUACACCUGGCUCUGGGUGCUUUCCUACUAUGUGAUCAGUAUUGAGGGCAUCACAGCAGGGGCUCAUCGCCUGUGGAGCCACCGGACUUACAAAGCGCGGCUGCCCCUGCGGGUCUUCCUCAUCAUUGCCGACACCAUGGCAUUCCAGAACGAUGUGUAUGAGUGGGCCAGAGACCACCAUGCCCACCACAAGUUCUCAGAAACACACGCUGAUCCUCACAAUUCCCGUCGUGGCUUUUUCUUUUCUCACAUGGGUUGGCUGCUGGUGCGCAAACACCCAGCUGUCAAAGAGAAGGGCUGUUUGCUGGACAUGUCUGACCUCAAAGCUGAGAAACUGGUGAUGUUCCAGAGGAGGUACUACAAGCCUGCUGUCCUGCUUAUGUGCUUCAUCUUGCCCACGCUGGUGCCCUGGUAUUGUUGGGGUGAAACUUUUCUACACAGCUUGUAUGUUGCCACUUUCCUGAGAUACACUGUGAUGCUCAAUGUCACCUGGCUGGUGAACAGUGCCGCCCACCUCUAUGGAUAUCGCCCGUAUGACAAGAAUAUCAGCCCCCGUGAGAAUAUCAUGGUUUCAAUAGUAUCUUUGGGCGAGGGAUUCCACAACUACCACCACUCCUUCCCCUAUGACUACUCUGCCAGUGAGUACCGCUGGAGCCUCAACGUCACCACAUUCUUCAUCGACUGCAUGGCUGCCAUUGGUCUGGCUUAUGACCGGAAGAAAGUGUCCAAGGCCGCCGUGUUGGCCAGGAUUAAAAAAGCUGGAGGUGGAAGCUACAAGAGUGGCUGA